AUUGCAGCACGCUAACAUGCGUGAUAGCACUUCUAAUGAAUUCAAUAAUAGUCAAAUUCUUAAUGUUUCUGGUACUAGACCUGCAAAUAAAGUUCUACUUUUUGUACCUCCUGUUAACAGCACUUCUGGGAAGGGUUUUCAAACUUUUUCGCCUAAUGCAUUUUCCAUUCAAAAAGUACAAAAGUUGACUUCUGAGAGCCGGGGUAAACCACCAAUUCUGGCUCGUAAAACUGUACCUGAAAAUCAAGUAAGCUCUUCAAAAAAUAACUUUGUGCCUUCAUCAAAACCUUCAUUGGCUCAAAGUUCUUUUAACUCAACUUCUGUUUUAUUAAAAUUGCCGAAAGUUACAAAAAAUGAUGAUAAAUGUUCGUCAGUUUAUGGACCCUCUCAAAUGACUUCUGUAAUUAAAGGAUCUUCAUUGAAUAGUACUCCUUCUGUUCUUAAUGCUCAAGAUAAUUCUAAUUUAGUAUCAAAUGUUCCUCAGCAAAAAAUGUCUUUCGUGAAAGCUAUUAAAUUGGGGCAUCUCAUAUUAUGCCCUUCUGAAGCUAAGUCUAGUCUUUUCAAUUCAAAUUUAAGCAAUAUGUCCGUAAGCAGCGAGCAGAAACAGGACAAUCCGACUCUAAAUGUUCAAACUUCUGAAAUGCUAAUAAACAAUGCUAAAGUUCCUGUUUUACAAACUGCAUUAAAAAAUGAUUCGUCACAUUCUGAUGUCUCAGAAAUAGAGGAUACUAACAUUGCAUCUAAUUCUGAAAAACCCUCCAGCCAACCUGUGGAAUGUCAUAGAAGGCAGUCAUCAGAGCAUAGAAGGAAAAGUCCUUUAAACGAAAGGAAAUUCAAUGACAAGUCUGAUUCAGAUGUUGAUGUAGACACUGUUGAUAAAAAUUUUGAUGCUGUUUCAUCUUUAAAGCAAAAUUAUACUGAAUGUGAUGCAGAGGUUUUUAAUAAUGAUUUUACUUAUGUUUACUUAUCAAGCUUGUCGUCUUUAUAUUCACCUGAUAACAAGAAGAAAAUUAGUGAGAGAAAUAGAAGGCAACUUAUUGGAAGCAUGUCUGAUAAAUUAAAAAGAACAUCUGAAUUUUUUAAACCUGCAAAAAGUUUUGCAGAAAUUAUAAAUAGGGCAUCUCGUGCUGUCCAUGAAAUAAGAAUGGAAAAUGAUUGCUGUACUAUAGCAAAAAGAAUUCUACAAUUCCGCAAUGCUCAACUCUUAAAAAAAUUAAGUGAUAAUAUUCAAGCUAUACCUGAUCCUAAAUGUCGAAUUUUUGUAAAAAAGAAGCUGAUCCAAAUGACAGCACGUGCAUGGAGAAAUAGAAAAAACAUGAAGCAGAUUUCAUCUCCUCUGUAUUCACCUAAUCCUUCUUCAUCUUUAACAGUGGAAACAAAUUCUCCUCCAAAUCAAGAUCCUUCUGUUCUAAAUGGUUCUCAGAAAGAUGUUAAUUCUGAACUAGAUAGAGAAAUAGAUGGAACUCCUGAAAAGAAUAAUCAAAAUGAGUGUCCUAUGAAUAGUUCAUCUCUCAGAGAAACUGGAGCUUAUGGUAAGUCUUCAGAAAAUAAAGUAGUAGCGAAAAAUGAGCCAGUGAAUUGUACAACAAUGGAACAACUCCAAACACAUAGGAAAGUCAAAGACAGUUAUUUAUUAGAGACAGAUGUUAUAGAACAACCUCAUGUUCAACUGAGAAUUUUGGAAGCAUGUCCAAAUGGAGUGGAAGCAGAUUUACAAAUUAAGGAAAAAGAGACUGAAUGUAAAACCUCUAAAAGUGUUCAUGAGGAACCAUCUCCUCCUCCGUUGUCUGCAAGCCGAGCAAAGAGGAGAUUACCGUUUAGAGGUUCUUCUGAUGCUAAUACUUCUGAUGAUGAUCAUCUAAUUAUUGACUUAAGUGAUGACAGCACAAAUCCAGAAGAAUCAUCUUCAUCCCAGAAAGAUUUGUCAACACCUAUGUCUUCUGAGAUUGCUGUAAAAAGUCCAACAAUGAAAAAGUUCCCAGGUCUUAUACCAUUAUUUACAACAGACUUAUUGAAGGGCCACGAGGAACUUGAAAUAACAAAACCAUCUUUAUCACAAACUAAACCUGCAGAUAAUGGUGCUAAUAAAGCAAGUUCUGUUUGUGAUGUGAGUCAAAAGUUUAUUAGUUUAAAGACCUCUAUUCCAGGCCUCAUGUCUAUACAACCAGUUGAAGAUGUGCUACCUGAACAAUUCAAUAAACAGCAGAAGUCUACAAUAUCUGAUGAUGGAAUUUUGAAGGGCCAAAUGAACUCUGCUCUUACUUCUGUAAAUAAGGUAUUGGAUUCCUCUGACAUACAGAAAGUGUGCCCGAAAAAUGGUCAGACACCCUUAUCUUUCAUGCCUCAGACUUCAUUAUUGAAUAAAUCAUCUUGUGUAAAUGGUGACAUUCCUAAACAUUCUGUUGAUAAUAGUAACAGUGAUAAGAGACUUCAUUGCAGAUUGAAUGCACAUGUAGCUGAUAAUACUUGUUUAUUAAAACAGAAUGUUCCUGAGGAAAUAGUAAUUGAUGAUAGUGAUAGUGAUGAUGAAGUUUUGGAAAUCAAGGAAUCGACACUCAGUUGGACAUCUACAUCUUCUGUACAGCAUUCUCAUCAGGGUUUAAGCACAGAAAAAGAGUCUCGAGUUCAUUUAUGAUUUUAGUUUCUUCUUUUUCUUUUCCCCUUUUACAAUCAGGAUUCAUUGUAAAAUUUUCAUUAUGUAUCUGCUGAUGUUGUCUUCUAAGUGUAAAAAGCUAAUAACUUCCAGGUUUUGUAUAAUUUGUACAUUUCAGUCAUGUUAAAAUCUCUCUGUUCUCAUGAGGAAAAUGAUUUGACUUUUGCCUUGAUAAAUGGUUGCUUUUUAAAAUGUCCAUUUUAAGUUUUAUUGUUUUGUUUGUAAGCUUGAUAAUAUCAGAAAGGAAGGAUAUUGUUUUACCCAUAAAGGAAAGUGGAAGGUGGGCAGUUUGUACAAUAAAAAUUCUUCUUAGAAUUAAAGUUAGUUAUCCAUUAUAUUUAACAAUUUUGAUUUGUUUAAAUGUGAAUGAAUUAGAUGUAAAUUAGUUGUUUUUUUGUUCAUUAUUGAAUUUUAGUUUUGCUUGAUUAAAAGUGAAUUUGUUUUUGUAGACUAAAUAUUGUAAAUAUGUGCACUAGUAAUACUAUUGAAUUUAUAAAAGGUUAUUAAAAAAGUAUUUUCAGUCUACAAGUGCUAUUUCUGAAGUUGUUGGUGUCAAGAAUUUUUUUUUUUUUUUUUUUUUUUUUUAAAUUUAGAAAUGCGCUUUACAUUUGAUUGUAUUAUGAAUUAUUGGAUUUUAAAAUUGUGCGGCUACCAUAAGUAAAUUAUUUCUAAUUUUUCAGUAACAAAGCAUAAUUUUUCAUCAUAUGUACAUACCUUCUGUCCUUCAUCAUAAUCUGAAAGUUUUUCUAAAUGAUACAUUAGUGAAGAAAUUAAAUGAAUAUGAUAUAAAACACUUUUUUCAUAUUUAUUUCAGAGUGAGAUUUUAGUUUUGGGGGCACAGUUUUUCAAUGUUGCAUUGCUAGUCUUCUCUCUGUAAAUGUAAUUACUUUCUCCCAACAGAAUAUAGAAAAUUAGCUCAAAACUAAAUUAUUUCUGAUAGAUAAUUAAGAUUUAAGGAAAAAAUAUUUUAGUUACAAGCUAAUUUCAGAAAAAUCCAAACUGCAUUCUUUUUAUUCUGCAUGCAUGCAUGCUAUGAUACUCUGAAUGUAAGUGUAAGGUUAUCUUCAAAAUUAAAUAUUCAGGAAGUGUAACAUUUUAUAUAUUCAUUUAUUAUGUCUAGUCUCUGCUGAGGAUACUCCAAUCAGGUUUUUAAAAUAAGAAAAUAAAGACUGAUUAUGCCCUUUUUAAAAUUGGCUGUGCCACCUAGUAUCUAUAAAAAUUGAAAUGUUAUUCCUGUUCUAAAAUAACACAUUAAGUUGAUCAGAAAAACAAAACAUUAAUUGCAAUGGCAUUGAAAAUAUGUAAUAUACAAGACUACUUCAAUUGUGGUCCCAUAGCUGAUUUUUAAACCAUUAGAGACAGGCCAUUUCAAAAAAUGCUCUAAAUAAUAUGAAAAUUUGAUUUUAUAUUGUUUCAGACAAUAAAUACACAAUUGAAGAAAUUACUAAGCAUAAAUUGUUAUACAAUCCCUUGGUCCUAUUUGAUAAAAUAUUCUUGACUUACUAAAUUUAAAACAAAAAGUAUUCAACUAUUCUAUUAAUAAACAUUUGUGUAUUAUUACUUAAACCAUUUCAAUGACAUCCUCAUAGAAGAUCUCUGUUAGCUAGUGCUUGGCAAUUCCUUAAAACAACUUUUCAUUUGCUUAAAAAUAAUGAAAUUCAAAGCCUUAUAAUUCAAUUAAAAGUGCAUUUAUAGACUCAAACAACAUACUAUAUGAUUUUUUAUACCAUUUAAGGUAGUAUUUUGGUUAGAAGUAUAUGCCCAUCUCUAACUAUUUAGAAAUUAACUAUUGGACCAUGGUUAGAGUACACAAUAUGUAUAUCUAAAAAAAGAGAGAUGCUCUUUAAUUUCUUUAAAUUAUCAGAAAAUGCAGAAGUAUUUAAAAUGUAAAUUAGAAAAACAGUUUUAAAUCUAGGUGCCAUCUAAAUUAAUAUUUUAUACCAAAGAUACUAUCCUACCUUGAAAAAUAUAUGCUAUUGGAGGUACACACGCUUAAUCCAUCAUUAUGCUUUCAUACGAGUACUUCUACCUCAAGAUGUUUAAUAUCACUGUAUCAGCAUAUUAUUUUUUGCAUUUAUUGUUGAUGUACAUAGUACUGUAAAUAAUGUUGAAUUGUGUAGUAUUAUAUUUGAAAAUUCAGAACAUAUUACUUUUCUUCUGUUUGUUAAACAUUUUGAACUGUAAAACCAAUGCUGAUAUAUUGUGAUAUACCGUCCACAUGGAAAAUAAAUAGUUUGACUUAAUAAAAGAUGAAAUGGAUUUUUUUUUUUUUUUUCCAUUGUUAACAAGAAAAAAUGUUUUUUGCUGUUUUUUAUGUUUCUUAAUUUAUUUUGAAUACAAGGGUAUGUUAGAAAGAUAAGUAGGAAGAUUCUAAUCCAAGAUAUGCAACACUGGCCAUCUACAAUGCAAAUAGAAAUUGAUUUCAUUAUAACAAAUUGAAAUUGUAACAGCUUACUUUAAUGAAUUCUUAUACUAUAAUUUUUAGAUAUUUUGAUGGGGGAUAACAGAAUAAGACUUAUAUAAUGUGAAAGACCAUUGAGUUAACCAAUAUUUCAAAUUAUAAUACUUUAUCAAAAGUAAACCAAUAAAAGGAAAUAUAAAUCUAAAUUUCCUACUUAAUAUGUGUAGUUAAGAAUCAAAAACUGUUUGUUUAUCAUUCUACCUAUCUUAUUUAUUUUGCCUUUAGCACUCUUUAAUAUGCUUCAUAUUAUUUUUUUUAUUGCGCUGCCUCCUUCUUUUCUGUUUGUGCUUUACAAUAGCAAUAACUAAAUUUCAGUUUUUAAAUAUAUUAUAUAAUAUUUGUUAUUAUUGAUGAUCAUAGGUCGAGACAUCUUUUUUUCCUGUUGCUGAUAUCUUGU